AAUGAUAUGUAUGAGCGGAUUAUGUUUGCUUAAUUUUCUUGAUAUUUGUAAACGACAAGUUUUGGCACUAUUUCUGACCUUGUUAAUAGUUAAAUCUGUAAAUUUGUUGAACAAAAUUGGAGAACCAAUUAUUUCCAACAAUUCAUUGUGAAUCUAACUUCGAUAAUGGUCACACGAAAUAAUAGGGCAAUUUGCACAUUGUUCCUAGCGGUAUCGCUAGUGAGUAUAGCUUAUACGUUGCCUACUCAACGCAAGAUUUUGCCUUUUGAAGAAGAUUUCGACUCAGAAUACGAUUAUGAGUCUGAAGAAUACAACAGUUUAUCACUCAAAGAUAUACAGAAAGCCAUGUACAAGGUCAAAGGGGGCAAUGGUCCAUUUGUGUUAAAUAGUUUGUUGGACAUAAAAACAUUACAAAACAUCGAUUCUACGAAAGAACUUUCCGCAUCAAAAUUUAAGCAAAUCAAUUGGAAUCCUAUCAAACGAGUAAAACGUCAGGACAGUUCAAUAAAGAAUCGUCCAAACAGACGGACUACUACAAGUACUACCCCAAAAGAAGAAUCAAUGGAAAAUUCACCGGAAAUGUCUUCGACUACUCGACGAACCACUCGUACUACCCCUGCCAACGAUGAAUCCAAGGAAAAUUCACAGGAAAUGUCUUCGACGACCCGACGAACCACUCGCACGACUCCGGCCAAUGACGAAUCAAUGGAAAUGUCGUCAACUACCAAACGAACCACUACCACCACACCGAGCGAUCAAUCAAUGGAAAAGAAACCGGAAAUGUCAUCGACAACGGCCAGUAGCAAUUGUCAACGCGGUAGUUCUAAAAAAGGUUCCGAAAGUACGUCACCAUGUUCUCUUCGUACAACAAAAAAACCGAAAAGUUCUGAAGAAGAUUCGAGUUCAAGUUCGGAUUCAAGUUCCGGUUCAAAAGAAAAGAAGAAGAAAUGCAAGAAUAGAAAUCGUUCAAAAGAAAGACAUCGUCAUCAUCAUCGUCACCACCAGCGCAACCGCUCGCAUGAAAGGAGGCGACAUGGAAGCAGAGAACGUAAUCAAUGCGAGUAAAAUCGUGUAGCGUGAUUGUUCUUGAUGCUACUUUGUGUAUACCAAGGAUAAUAAAGAAAUUGCG